UGGCAGAGGCAGUUUGUGAUCCUAGCGGUAGGAAUUGGAAAACGCAAUAUCCUGGCAGGAACUUGAAGCAAGAAAGUAAAGGGAGUAAUAAAGAAAUGUAUGCAAGUGCUCUGUGUUGCUGCGGUGGUUUGCAGGCAGGCUGGCUUUGUACAGUCACUGACACUCGUUUCUUGGGCCGUCCAGCAAGUCAGGGAUACAGGCAGAGUGCUAAGCAGUGGUGAGGAACGAGAGGGCAGUUUGGAAAGUCUGACUCCUUGCACAUGUUAUGGCUUGAAAAUGUUUGCAGGGGGCGGUUGAGAGGAGUUUGUGCGGAGUGCGGAAGUGGGAGAAUCUGGGGCUGGCUAGAAUUCAUCCAAGGUGCCUGUAGGACACACACAGCACACUCUGCCACCGCUAACACCAGUCACUUUACAAUUGCAAACGUCCGAAGCCUCCUAGCCCCGAAUGGUGCCCUUCCUCGCCGUGUUUCCGUUUGCAGUCGUGAACAAGAGGGAGAAUCCAUUCUGCUGACGACGAGUUGUGGAACUGCUGCUGAGAGCGAUGGAAGUUCACAGAGCUGGCUCUGGAACUGUGCCCCUUCCCCCUGGUAAGAGGUCCAAAGCCAAGGCCCCAGCGCCACCCACACUCUCCAAACAUGGUGUCAGCUCGUCAGUAGCCAAGAACCAAGAAGGUGAACGUCUCACCAUGGAGCAGAAGGACCCUGCCCUCAAUGCCCAUGUUGAGUUGAACGUUGUCCUCCCCGGAGGCUCGGAGCAUUCCACCAGUGUUGAUGGAAGCAAACCCAUGAUGGAUUUGUUGGUUUUUCUCUGUGGCAAGUAUCGUUUGAAUCCGUCGAGCCAUACACUCGAUCUGGUAGGAGGAGGGAAAAACCAAAUCCGCUUCAAACCCAACACCCUGAUUGGGACCUUGGAAGUAGAGAAAGUUAUUCUAAAGGAGAAAAAUGUGGAUGAGAAAAAGAAGCCCCCAUCAGUGGUGCCUGAGCAAACAGUGCGUGUGGUGGUAAACUACAAGAAAACGCAGAAAACCAUUGUCCGCGUUAGUCCCCUCGUUCCUCUUCAAGAACUGAUUCCAGUGAUCAGCAAUAAGUGUGAAUUUGAUCCAGGCAGCACAAUUCUUGUCAAAGACUUUGAAUAUCUGGAACCAUUUGAUUUGACAAAGUCUCUUAACGAGCUGGGUUUGCGAGAGGUGUGUGCGGUGGAUACCAGUGCAGGAUUUUUCCAGCAUGAUAUUCCAGGUGAAUCCAUCCAACAAGACCAGGCGCAUGCUUCAGGGAAUUUAAAUCUGGAUAAGGAAAACAAAGGAUUCUUCAACAUUUUUCGACUGAGUAAGAAAAAACGGGAAAAACCAACAAGUGCCCCAGCGACGCCAUUAAUCAGCCCCCAGAGACCGCUGGGCAUGAGCAGCUCCAGUGCCUACUGUCCAACGUAUGAAUCUAACACCUUGCCCUCGGACCUGCCGAAGAAACGUCAGGCUCCCGCGCCACCCCCGCACAUUCCGCAGAGUCCGCAGAAGGAAGCGAGUCAGCAAGCAGCAGUGCGGCCCGUCUCCUGUGUCUUCUCCGAUGUCGCUCCGAAUGAGUCUGCACAGAGCGGGGCGGGACCAGGCAGACCCAGGGCAGGGUCUCUGCCGCACGAUGACGCUGCCUCUUCCAUGAAGAAGAAACGAAAGGCACCUCUUCCUCCCGGUAAAGCUGCAGACGUCCAGAGGGCUCCUGACCAGGCCAAAGAUUCUGAUCUGGGAUCCUGUCCAACGCCUGACACUGAAGAUAAGGCUUUUGCUGCUAAAAUGUCAUCCAGCGAUCAAGCUGGCAUUGGAUCUGAAAAUAACCUUGAGGAGAUUGUGGAAAUGGAAGAGUCGAGGGCUCCAGACGUUGGUGCAGGAGAUGGCCGUGUUCAGAAGGAGGAGACAACAAACCCUCAUCGAACCGAAGGUCAACCAUCAAAACGUGCACGGAUAUCAGCAUCUGACCACGUGAAUCUUCCUGAUGUAUCUACAAUAGCCAAUAUAGACACUGAGAUUAAAUUGGACAGCAGUGGAGGUGGAGCUGAACAGAACUCCAGUCAAGUCGCUGUGGAGCAUGAGGAUAAAGACCUUUCACCGGGUAACAGUUCUGUCGAUGAGCAACCAAUUGCAGAAAAUGUAAGUGAGGAAGUACAUCCGAGAAGUUCUGAAGAAACAUCAGGGUUGAUUCCAUCGGGUAAUGGCGGAACAGGAGACGCAGCAACAAGUCUUCUGCCGAAAGAUUCUACGGAAAGAUUUGAAGGUUUUCAGUCGACCAAUGUAGCCUUCCAAGACCAGCAAGUGAGGUCUGAGACAACGGAGGUAAAUGAGGUGAAAGUUGCAGAGGUUAGAUCCGAAGAAGUUAACAAAACACUGGACUUCCAGCCUGCUCAUGGUACCAAGACUGUAAAUGAUACUGUUAACCCGUCACGUGGGCAAAGUGUGAAAAACGUUGCUGAAAACACGGGUGACUCAGGAAGCAAUAAUUUCAGAGUGCCUCGGUCUUCUCAGCAGCACAACCGUGUGUCUGUCUCAACCGCCACGUCAACAGAGCCAACCGCACACAACCUCUCUGACAAGGAAAAUUUGCACGUUGCUAAUGAGCGAGUUACCGAGCCUUCAACGUUACCUCGCUCUGAGGCGCAGUUGACUGAUGAUACAGUUGUAAUGCCAAAAAGUCCAACAAAGACUCCAAUGAUCUACAGGUCUGAAUCUGAGCCCAAACCCAAGCCAUCUAAUGAAAUUACAAGAGACUAUAUACCCAAGAUUGGAAUGACCACCUAUAAAAUUGUCCCUCCAAAAUCAUUGGAAAAGAGUUCAUUCGGACCCAUGCCAGAAGUUCAAAGAGUGGAUCAACAAACUCCUGCCCACGAUAAUGUCCCAGAGUCUAAUAUUACAAAACAGUCGUCAAACCACUCUAGACCGCUGGCGCCUCUUGCACAGGAGGUGACGGACAUUCGACAAGAAGCUCAGGGUAACGUGUUGAGAACCGUCCCCAUCGACUCUGCAACCCCUUCCCCUGGCACUGAAUCAACGGUUUCUAAGUCGGUUGUUGACAAUGAGUCUGAACCUCUCAGGGAAACAGUUACCAAAAGAUCACAGAGUACUUCAGAGAAGAAAAUGAGGCCUGGAUCUGUCUUCCUCCAGCUCCAUAAGAGAACCACGGGUCAGUACGUUACAUCUGCGCUCGCCAGAAGUUCCAGUUUACCUUCUCAGUCCAGCUUGGAUGGAGCACAGGAAGAAAAUGGAGUGUCCUUUCAGGAUUUUAGCCCGACAAAAACCAUCGAUGGGGAGAUCAUAAUCCCUCCACCACCAGAAUUCGCUGGUGCAGCUGAAGAGAAGGUCCAAAGAGAGUUGUCCAAAGCUGGUGGGACUUCAGCAUCCCGACCUCCCCAGCCUCCCAAAGUAGCAAAGAAGCCAUCCAUACGACUCAACCCAGCAACUCUUCGAACUACUGCUGCUUCCAAAACGUACACUCCUACCUCCCCGUCGCCCUUUGCCCUAGCCGUGUCCUCGGCGGUCAGGAAAACUCAAACAAAUGCACCGUGUUCGAUUAAACCGAAGCACCUUGAAGCCAACUCGUCAAGCCAGUCUUCUCCCACAGACUUUGGAAACAAAGAAUUGCAUCAAGCUUCUACAGUUCAUCAGGAGUCCAACAACAGCAACAUACCAAAGCAGGUAAGCGUUGCUGAAAAGGACAUAAAAGGGGAUUGGCACCGCGCAGUGCCAGCAACGCUUCCAAAACCAUUCCGUCCACAGGUGCCAUCUCCAUCGGGAAUCCCAAAGCCUCCUUUACCUUCUCCGAUCAGCAACCCGGGAGAGAUUCAUCAAGCAGUACUGGAUGCGAUUCUCUCGGGAGAUGGGGCUGCUAAACUUCGAAAAGCGCAAACAUUCACCACCAUCUAAUGCACUAACCCUUUACUAAAUUUGACUUGGCAUUUCGAUACAUAUCCAAAUUCAACUUUGAAAUUUGACGAGUGUUCGUUAAGCUCACAGGUCACCAGUAUCUUCUCUCUUGCACUACAAAAGGCAUUUCACUGGAUUAGGUGAGGUUGUGUCUCGGUAUUGAAUGGAUGUGGUGCAUCAAGUAAUUAUGAGGACACAAAUAUUGUACGCCCUGUGUGAAAGUUGUACGCACUUAAAACUCUCGUUCACACUUUCAGAUGAGAAUUUACACUUCUACGCAAAAUCUUUAUGCUGUGCAUGCACAGCUGCAGUAAUCGUGAAUGCGUUAUUGUAACAAGGAUGAUAAUGUUUUAAAUUCAAUUGAAGAUAUAACUGCCAUGUUUUUUAAAUCAGAAUUAUCUUCAAGCUUAGCUAGUUUAGAAUGUGAUUUCCAACUUUUUCUCAUAUGUACUGUAAAAUAAAAGCCAUGAAAUAUUUUGAUUUCUCUGAUGAACAUUCAGCAAUGUUGCGUUUGCACAAUGUAUAUUUUCAGGCCAGCCUUGGUUCCCAAAACUGUUGCCUCUAAAUUGGAAGCCAAUUAAUUUUUUCUGUCUCUGUCUCUGUCGAGGAAAAGCAUUGAUGUGUUUCACUGGAAUCUCAAAGCCAAAUCAAGAAAUGUGUUA